GUCUCGUGAAGUGGUGCACAUCCAAUUGAUUUUUAAAUUUUUUAGUUUGAUUAUGCGUAAAAUAGACUAGAUAUUUAAAAUGGACGUAACUGCCUUGGGAGAGAAAACAAUAGCAAAUGGCCGGGCAUAUGAUAAUCACGGCUAUACGAGUGGCGACGCAGAAAAUGGCCGUAUUAAUCCGGGAGUGAGUUCCGUAGUCCCGAUAAAUGGCGACGUUAUCCUAAGAGACGACAGCAAAAAUCGAGAUAUAAAACCAACGGGUUCUGCCCUAUAUGAUGAUAUCCCCGUGUAUGAACAGCUAGCUCAAGAUAACAUUGUUACCAUUCAUGACACUGCGAUAGAAACCCAACCCAAUGGAAAGACUUUGUACACAGAUUUGGAAAUAUCUAAAGAAAAUGGCGGUAUAGUUUUGGAGACGCUACCCAGGCCUCCAGCAUACGACGAUGUAUACAAAAGGGAACUUCUUCCAGAACCUUCAGAAGAAUGCGGACCGUGUUUACCAUGUUUAAAAUGCGGAAAGCUGAUCGCAAAAUCACGAGGUGGUAUGGGUGGGAGAUUGAAAUCAGCCGGGGGCUGGUUAAGCAAAAUCGUCCUGCUCAUAAUGCUGUUGGGAUACACAUGUUACUUCAUUGCAGCGUUGGUAUAUUCAGUGGAGAAAGCGAGGGCGCUGAUUGUCAUUACCGCAAUCGUAGUAACACUAAUAUUUUACACCUUCAUAAGGAAUCACUAUGGAGAACGGAUUUACGAGAAAAUAUUUCAGCCGUGUGUAUCUGUCGCGCAACGGCAUUCUGUCUGGCUUGCAAGGAUAGUUGGUUUACUCGUGUUUAUCGGUUUUGUGUUGUUCCUUGCGUUGGAUGUAAUUCGGAGUUGGAUGCAACUGGCUUCCCUUGGUGGUAUGGCCGGCUUCCUGUUACUUGCGUUCAUUACAUCAAAACACCCAAAUCAUGUUCGAUUGAGACCAAUUGUAUGGGGCAUGGGUUUGCAGUUUGUAUUUGGGGUUCUCGUUUUACGCUGGAAGCCUGGUUAUGACGCCAUUGAUUGGAUUGCCAGACAGGUACAGACGUUUCUAGAAUACACCAAUGACGCUAGUGAGGUUGUAUUUGGAGAAUACCUGGACCAUCCGUUCAUAUUCAUGAUUAUGCCUAUGCUGAUUUUCUUCGCAACCGUUCUUGCCAUUCUGCAUUAUUUUGGUAUCAUCCAAAUCAUCGUGGGCAAGAUGGGAUGGUUCAUGUCGUUUACACUUGGAACAACAGCCGUUGAGAGCAUCAGUGUCGCUGCCAACAUAUUCCUCAAUGGGCUGGAUUCUAUUAUGUUGGUGAGGCCGUAUUUGAUGAGUCUGACCAAGUCGGAGUUCCACGCCAUCAUGGUGGGCAACCACGCUACUUUGGCAGGCUUUGCCUUCGCAGCAUUCAUAGCUCUAGGGGCCCCUGCUCGCCAUCUUUUGUCGGCAGCUGUGAUGUCAGCCCCUGCUGCUAUGGCCGUGUGUAAGCUCAACUACCCAGAGACAGAAGUAUCAUGCCUCAAAACUGAGAAAGACGUCAAGUUGGGAAAAGCAACUGAACGCAAUAUGGUAGAGGCUGCCAGUUCUGCAGCAAGUUUGGCUGGGAAGACUAUUGCGGCUGUUGUAGUGAACCUGGUUGCCUUCAUUGCUAUCCUCGCUUUUCUCAACACCACCAUUAAGUGGUUCGGCCAGAGGGUCGGCUACGAAGAUUGGAGUUUUCAGAAAGCGUGUUCAUACCUACUUUUACCGAUUGUGUACCUGAUGGGAGUCGAACAUGCAGAUGCAAGUAAAGUUGCCGAGUUGCUUGGCUGGAAGAUAUUCGCAAGUGAAAUUAUUGCAUUUGCAGAACUUGGAAAUAUGGUUGACAAUAACAUGCUAACAGAGCGGACACAGGUUAUCGCGACAUACGCUUUGUGUGGGUUCAGUAGUCUCUCAACUGUGGCGCUAAGCAUUGGCGUGUGGAGUGCCGUAGAGCCUAGACGAAUUAAUGAGGUCACUAGCACUGUUCUCAGGGUCAUCGUAAACGCCAACAUAUCCUGCUUUCUUACAGCAUGUGUUGCCGGUAUGUUGGUCCAUGUUCCAACAUCCGGGUCUGGAAGCAACGUCACAACUACAAUGCUGCCAUCUACCACCACGGAAAACCCCUGGGAAGAAAUCAUAGACAUUGUAGAUUGUAUAUUCUUUGAUAAUUGUGGAACAGGUCAAGGAAAAGAUUUAGCAAAAACAAUUGCACUCAGUCCAAAAGGUGUGCCAAUGCUAGGCUAAAUGAUGUAAAAGUACACGACUGCAUAUAUGGACAUGAACAGCAAAGGCCUAUAUGAAUCACACUCACAACAUUAGAGAAAUUUCGCAACUAACUUAUAGCAUGUUCAUUAUUCCCCGCCCGUAUACCGUAUAAUUCAUGAAGUAUUUGAUUACGUCAUCAUUUAUUGCGGAGCUCUAUACGUCCAUAAGUUUGACGUUCUUAUAUAUCGCCCUCUAUACUUAAGGAU